AUGAGCUUCCAGGCCCUCAAACUGGUGGAGCUGGCAAGGCAGAGUCUGCUGAGUGAUGAGGCCGUGGCCAUCUCUGCUCUUCAGUACCUUCCAGAGGAGCUGAUCCCUCCUUUGUUUAUGGAGGCCUUCACUGGCAGGCACCUGAAAGUCCUGAGGGAGAUGGUGGCAGCCUGGCCCUACCCCUGCCUCCCUGUGGGGGCCCUGAUGGAGACACCUCACCUGGAGACCUUGAAGGCUGUGUUGGAUGGAGUAGAUAAGCUGUUGACACACAAGGUUCACCCAAGGAGCCGGAAACUUCAAGUACUUGAUUUGCGGACUGUGCAGCACAGCUUCUGGAACACGCGGGCUGGAAGGGAGGAUGCUGGCUCCUCAGCACAGGCUGUGAGUGACAAGCAAAUCGUGAAGGACCUUCCUAGAUAUGCUCUGCGGAGGCGUUUCAAGGUGUUGGCUGACCUUUCCCUCAGGUUCUCUGCCAAUGAAUACCAAACAUACUUGUUGCAGUGGGCAGAGCAGAGAAAACAUUUCCUACAGCUGUGCUGUUCUAAGAUGCAAAUUGUUGCAUUUCCUGUGGACAGUAUCAGAAAUGUCUUGAAAAUUUUCCAGCCCCAAUACAUAGAGGAGUUGGAACUGUAUUCAGGGUGGAACCUUCCCACUUUGGCAUGGUUUUCACCAUACAUGGGCCAGAUGAGGAAUCUUCACAAACUCUUCCUUGCAUCGAUCCAGAAGAUUAAGGUUGAAAAUAUUUCCACAGACUUAGAGAAGUGUGUCACCAGGUUCAUUUCUCAGUUCUCAAAAUUUAACAGUCUCCAGCAUCUCUACAUGAACGGAAUAUACUUCCUCAGUCACCGCAUGAAACAGUUGUUCAGGUGCCUGAAAUCCCCCUUGGAGACCCUUUCCAUGACUGACUGCGUUCUUUCACAGUGUGACUUGAAUUCCCUGUGUCAGUAUCAGAGUCUCUGUCAGCUCAAGCACCUGAAUGUGAGUAGUGUUGAAUUAUUUGAUUUACACCUUACAGAUCUGCGAGUUUUUCUAGAGAGUGUUAUAGAAACCCUGCAGACCCUGGAAUUGGAGCACUGCGGGAUGAGAGACUCUCAGCUCAGUGCCCUCCUGCCUGCCCUCAGCCAAUGCUCCCAGCUCACCAAGGUCAAUUUCUAUGACAAUGACAUCUCCAUGCCCAUGCUGAAAGAUCUUUUCCACCACACAGCCAACCUAAGCCAGUUGACGCUGGAGCUGUACCCUGCCCCUCUGGAGUGCUUUGAUGACAUGGGUGUUGUCCUCCCAGAGAGGUUUUCGCUAGUUUGUUCCCAGCUCAUGGAUGCACUGAGAGCUGUAAGGCAGCCCAAGAAGGUCUCCUUUGCUACGUAUUUCUGCCAUGAGUGUUGUUCACGCUCUAUCUACGACCUCGAGACCAGCCUCUGUCCUUGUUGGCAGUAA